AUGGAACUCAACUACGACAUUAUCAUCAUCGGCGCUGGGAUUUCCGGGAUUAACAUGGCGUACCAUGUGCAAACCGAACUGCCAAACCAUUCGUACAUUAUCCUCGAGGCGCGGGAGGCAAUGGGAGGGACAUGGGAUCUAUUUCAAUAUCCAGGCAUACGGUCCGACUCCGACCUCAUUACCUAUGGAUUCCCAUGGUAUCCAUGGAAUAAAAGCCGCCCCAUCGCCGAGGGGAAAGCAAUUGCAAAAUACAUCCAGGAGGCUGCUGCACAACGUGGUCUUGAUCAACAUAUCUCCUUUCAGCACCGAGUCACCCGAGCGGCAUGGUCGGAUACAGAGCAGAAAUGGACCUUGACGGUUGAACAUGAUGGAGUAGAAAAGUCGUACACAGCGACUUUCGUGGCCUUUGGCACAGGAUACUAUGACUACACUCAACCGUUACCUGCGGAUAUUCCCGGUAUAGACCAGUUCACCGGGACCUUGAUUCAUCCUCAGUUCUGGCCUAAAGAGGUCAACUACGCGGAUCAGAAGAUUGUUGUCAUUGGCAGCGGUGCGACGGCUGUAACUCUCGUUCCCAAACUUGCCGAGACGGCAGAGCGGGUUACCAUGCUCCAGCGCAGUCCGACCUAUAUUCUCAAUGUUCCCAAUACCGAGAUCGAAAAGACCUGGAUAGACUACCUGCUUCCACGGACCAUCGCGCAGACCUACCAUCGUAUGAGCUGGUUCAUUCCACAUCGACUGUUCUUCCUUUUCUGCCAAAGCCUUCCCCAGCUCUCGCAGCGGCUUCUCCGCUGGCGAACGAUCAAGCAACUUCCAGCCAACAUUUCCCAUGAUCCUCAUUUCAGCCCUCGCUAUACACCAUGGGAUCAACGCCUCUGUGUCUCACCGGAUGGAGACUUCUAUCAAGCUCUGCAUACGGGAAAGGUCGACAUCAAAACCGAUAGUAUUGACGCCGUCACCUCAUCGGGAAUCAAAUUGAAAUCCGACGAGUUUCUUGACGCAGAUAUAAUUAUCACAGCAACAGGUCUUAAACUACAACUGGCAGGCGGUGUUAAACUUGAAAUCAACGGAGAACCCUGUGACUUGGCAGACAAAUACCUCUGGAGAGGUGUCAUGUUACAGGAUGUGCCGAAUGCGUUCUUCUUUAUCGGUUACACGAAUGCAUCAUGGACAUUGGGGGUAGAUGCGAGUGCAACAUUCGGCGCUCGGCUCAUCAAACACCUGUCAUCAAAAGAUGCAACGGCAGCUGUACCCCGGGUCCCAAACGGACUGAAGCUACAACCGCGACGAGUAUGGGAUCUAAGUUCAACGUAUAUCAGAACGGCGGACAAGGGUAUGCCUAAGGCAGCGGAUCAGGGGUCCUGGUUGCCCAGGAGCAACUACAUCUCGGAUCUGUGGUUUGCAAAGUAUGGCCGGCUUGAUGAUUUAGAGAUCGUAACUCAACGUGGGGUUAAAAAGGGCUAA